AUGAGCGACCCAUUCUAUCUCGCCGAUAUCCUGCUGGGCCGCGUUGGUGUGCUACGCUCCACGGCCGACAGCAUCAUUCUCGAACUGUGCGAUGCGCAAUCCAAGCUCGAGCCUUCGAAGGCUUCCGAUGACGCGUUGCGUCUUGCCAUUAAGAACAAACUGGAGCGUGUGCAGACGAAUCUCAAGCUUCUGCGCAAGCUCGUGCCCGAGUUUGAUGGCAAGACGAAACCGAUCGAGGGCGUCAACCAGACGCAUCGCAACCUCAUGCUCGAGUACCACUGGAAGAACCAAGUGCAGGAUAUGGGGGCAAAGGCGCAAGCCGUGUACUUGAAACAGCUGGGCGGCGCUUUCCCCCGUCUCGAGAUGCUGGGCGACGUCCGCUGUCCGCCCAUCUCCUACAGUCUCUUCGUGCCCAAGUCUCACAAACGGAGCCGGGUGUUCGACCCCUACGGAGAGAAGCAGCCAGCUACACUCAACGAGAUGAUGGACUACAUGAUGGCUAAGAAUCGCAAGCUGAAGUUCUUCAAGCACGCCGAGACCACGCGGGGCGGUCGUCGAGUCAUCAAGUCGAUCAAGUGCGAAAUUAACAAGGAGGUAACCGUGCAUUUGUCCUUUUGUCCACCGAUUCCGGAAAGUGGACCGAACGGGGAGACUGGUGUGGCUGCUAGCCCCAUGACACCAUCGACGCCGACAUCCCCAGCCUUUGCUGGGGGUCGUUUGCGUAGCACUCGCAAUAAGCAGAAAAAGCUGCAGCAGCAGCUCGUGAAGAAGAAAAAAGGCGACAUGCUGACAAAGGCCAAGCUCGCUGCCGAGGAGGCCACUAAGGUGGAGAUGGAGGAACUCAAACAUCGUAUCACCGAAGUGCGCGAGGCCAGCAAAGAGCAGGAGCAAGCUCGAGCUGCAGGUCUUCAGACUACUAAGUACAUCCAGCGACUGUCGAUCUUUCCUUUCAACGAGGAAGCUCCCCUUGGUGCGUGGUCCGAGUCAUCGCACAACUUAUUCCGCCUCGUCACGCUUCACGGCCGAAAAGCUUUGGACUACUUCCGCAAACAGCACCCUGAGACAUGCUUCUACCAUCUUUUCACGUGGCUCAGCUUCUACGACAAAAUCUACCAGACGCCAUGUUCGUCGUGCAAGAAGCUCCUCGCAAAAGAGAGCGACGAAUGGGUCUAUGUGCCCCCAUCAUUUCGUGACUACGCUAACGGACAAGCUUUUCACUCCAAGUGUCUGCCCAUCGAUUGA